UGGAACAACGUCGGACUAACCUGUUUUAUUUGGAAAAGCAGUUGAGGGGUGUUCAGUGCAACGAUUUGAGUAAUUGUCAGCUUCAUAGCGUGGUUUAAGGAAGAAAAUUCAUAUUUUAACACGAGGAUGGAUCAGUCCUCCAAUCGUGAUUCGGGCGAGGAAAUGACAGAGCCUGAGAAAAAAGAUAUUAAUACAAACAAAGUAGUGGAACCUAGUAAGAAAGUUAAAAAGAAAGGAAUAAUAUAUCUGUCCACAAUUCCGAAAUUUAUGAAUGUAACAAAGAUUCGGGAGAUAUUUUCGGAAUAUGGAAAAAUCGACAGAGUGUAUUUGCAGCUGGAUGAGAAUGAGAUACAAUUAGCAAAGCAUAAGAAACAGAAAAAGAUAAUCAAAAACUUUACCGAGGGUUGGGUGGAAUUUGAAAGUAAGAAAGUAGCCAAAUUUGUAGCAACGACAUUAAACAAUACACAGAUAUCUACAAGAAAAAAGAGCAAAUUCUAUGAUAUUAUGUGGAAUAUAAAAUACUUACAUAGGUUUAAAUGGAUUCAUCUGAGUGAACGUCUAGCAUAUGAACGUGCGGUUCAUAAGCAAAGACUUCUAACUGAGAUCGCACAAGCCAAGAGAGAAGUCAACUUCUUCUCAUAUAAUGUGGAUAGAAGUAAACAAUUACGUAAGAAGAGUGCGAAAGGAGAGGAGACAACCUUUAAAUUGCCUGAGGUUAAACAAAGGGAUACCGACGGUGAAAUAAGAAACAGAAAAGUAGAAGCACAUGUGGAAGACAGAACAGAGUUUCUUAAAUCGAUAUUUGCAUAAGAAAUUCAAUAUGUAUAUACACAUACAUAUGUAUAU